GUCGUGUCGUAGUUUUCGUAUUUGGUUGUAAAUAUUGAAUUUUAAUACGUUUUAUAACAUUGUACUAUUUCUAGUGUUACUGUCAAUUCUAUAAAAAUAAAUGGCUGCAAAAUUAGAUCAAAAGGCUUAUUUACAAAGGUAUCUUGAUGGUGGAUCUUCAGUAGAUAAGAAGAAAAAGAAAAAAAAGGUUACCAAAGGCAAUGGGUUUAAAAUAAUUGAUGAUGACAUUGAUUUGACCAAGUUACGUCCUUUGGAUGGUGAUGAAUUGGAUGUACUAGAUCAAGGGGAAGAUGGCCCUCAAAUUGCUGGUAUAAUUGAUGAACGACCUGAAGAAGUGAAGAAACUGGAACAGUUUAAAACCAGUUCAAAAUGGAGAGUGGUUACGCAGGAUGAUGGUUUUCAUUCUAAAUUACAAAUAGAGGAAAUCAAGAGAGAUGUAAAAGAAGCACAAAAAGAAAAUGAACUCAUCUUUGGUAAAAUGUAUAGUGACUCUGAGGAUGAGAAACAAAAUGAUUCUGAUUUAUCCCCACCAAGAAUAAGACCCACAGAUAAAUCAAAUAAUAGAGAAACAAAAAAGAAACAGCAGAACAAUAGUGACAGUGAUUUUAGUCCUCCAAGAAAGGGAAGGGAAUCACCCUCAAGGCAUGAAAAAGACCAGGAUAAUGAUUCCGAUAUAUCACCUCCUAGAAAAGGAUCAAGUAGUACCGGGAAAGAGCAUAGAAGUAGGAAACCGUCAAGAUGGGGUGAUAUCAGAUCUAUGUCUAAAUCACCAUCACCUAAGAGAUCUAAAUACCCACAUAAAAAAUCAUCUCACAAAGGCAAGAAAUCAAGAUCUCUGAGUUCUGAUUUAUCUCCUCAUAGACCUUCAGGAUCACAAAAAUACAAAUCGUCACAGCAAACAUCAAAGAAAGAAUCAGUUGUGAGGAAUAGAUCUCCAAGUAACAGUACUCACCAAAAGAGAUAUGCAUCAUAUGAAUUCGAGACUGGUACAUCAAGAAAUAGAGAUGACAGACACAGAUUUAAUGAAAGAAAGCAAUACAAGGAGUUAGAAAACAGACAACAGCACUCAAAAGAUGAUGACUCAGAUUUAUCACCCCCGAGAAAGAAUAAUAGUAAAUCAGAAUCUCCACCAAGAAAAUCCUCAAAGCACAAUGUUGUGAAAAAUACUGUUAAAAGAAAAAGAGAUAGCAGUUCUGAUAUGUCGCCACCCAGACGGGAUAGUAGCAGAAAUACGCGGGAGACUGAGAAAAAUUAUAAAGGAAGAAGUAGAGAUAGCCCCCCACCCUCUAAUAAGAAAAUGGAGAAGACCCUGGACGGGAAGAAAGCUGGCUUGCAAGAUGCGGGGCAAUUGAGAGAAGAAAAUGCAGCUUUCAGAAGGAGAGAAGACGAUGCAUUUAAUAAGAUGGCAGAUGAAGUCUCCGGAAGAAAUGCCACAGCAGUCUCCAGGAAAGCAAGUAAGAGAGACACAUCUGAAGAAAGACGUAAACAGAAAGAAAAGGCGGAAAGACAAAAAGAAUUAGAUGAGAAGUACAAGAAAUGGAGCAAAGGAUUGAAACAAAUAGAAGCUCAAGAGGCCCGCAUGCAAGAUUUCAUGCACGAAGCGUCCAAGCCUCUGGCGAGACAUAAAAAUGACCGCGAUUUAGAGAAUUCUUUAAAGGAUGUCCUAAGAGAUGGAGAUCCCAUGCUGCAGUAUAUUAUGGACAAAAAACGCGAGAGAGGCGACCUAGGACCAGAGAAGCCAAUUUACAAGGGCAAAUUCCCGCCAAACCGUUUCAACAUCCGUCCGGGAUAUCGGUGGGACGGCGUGGACCGAUCCAACGGUUACGAAAAGAAGUACUUUGAACAACAGAGCAAGAGGAAAGCACAGGAGGAAGAGGCCUACAAAUGGAGCACGGAAGAUUUGUGAAUGAAAUGUACCUAC